ACUCGGAAAGUGGACACAUUUUUUCCUCUUGCUCUACGAGACCUCACCAUUUCCUCAAGUUCUUUUCAGCCAAACAAGAAAUCAGUUCCAGAUCCACCUCUAGCCUACCAUGUCUGAACCAGGUUCUGGUUGUGGUGUUCCAGCCCAGAGAAGCUCACAGCCUGGUCCAGAGAUGCUGUCAGUGAUGCUGGAUAACUGCAGUCAAACAGUGGAAUUCAAUGUGAUUGUCAAGGAGGAGGGCGAGGAGAGAGAAAUCAAUGAGGGGGAGGAGGAAGAGAGAGAGGAGGACAGGAACUCUGUUGACUCAGGAGAGGGCCCCAACCCAGGCCCAGACAACGAGCACAGUUCCACAGCAUCAAGACUACCUUUGCGUGGGAGUUACCCAUGCCCUCAAUGUGAGAAGAGUUUCAGUUCCUCAACUAACCUAAAGAAUCAUCAAAGAGUACACACUGGAGAGAAACCUUUCGACUGCUCAACAUGUGGGAAGAGUUUCAGUGAGAAAGUAAACCUUAAGAGACAUGAGAGAGUGCAUAGUGGAGAAAAGCCUUACCACUGUACCACAUGUGGGAAGAACUUCAAUCAUUCAGGAAGCCUUAAGCAACAUCUGCGAAUACAUACAGGGGAGAAACCUUACCACUGCUCUCUUUGCGGGAAGAGUUUCAGUCGGGCAGGAGACCUGAAGACUCACCAGAGAUCCCACAGUGAAGAGAAGCCUUACCACUGCUCUCUUUGUGGGAAGAGUUUCAAUCAGCCAGGAAACCUAAAAAGUCAUCAGCGAAUACACAUUGGAGAGAAGCCUGCCUGUGCUUUAAAUUUGAUUGUCAAAGAGGAGGAGGAUGAGAAGGAAAUCGAUGAGAAGGAAAAGAGAGAUGUUGAGGAAGAAACUAGCCGUGUAAUUGACCUCGGUACAUCAAGACUUCCUGGUCGUGGGAGUUACCCCUGUCCUCAAUGUGGAAAGAGUUUCAGUUCUUCGGGUAAUCUAAAAAAUCAUGAGAGAGUACAUACUGGAGAGAAACCGUUCCACUGUGCCACAUGUGGGAAGAGUUUCAGUGAAAAAGUCAACCUCACGAGACACGAGAGGGUACAUAGUGGAGAGAAGCCUUACCACUGCACCCAAUGCGGGAAGAGUUUCAAUCAUUCUGGAAGCCUUAAGGAACAUCAAAGAGUACACACAGGGGAGAAGCCUUACCACUGCUCUCUUUGUUGGAAGAGUUUCAGUCAGCCAGGAAAUCUUAAGAAACACCAGAGAAUACAUACAGGGGAGAAGCCUUACCACUGCUCUCUGUGCGGAAAGAAUUUUCGUUUCGCAGGAGACCUAAAGAAUCAUCAGAGAUCACACAGUGGAGAGAAGCCUUACCAGUGCUCUCUGUGUGGGAAGGGAUUCACUCAGCUAAGAAUUCUUAAAAGUCAUCAGAGGAUACAUAUUGGAGAGACGCCUGUCUGUGCUUUCAAUGUAUUUCUCCAGGAGGAGGCGAGUGAGAGGGAAAUCAAUGUGGAGGAAAAGAGAGAUGUUGAGGAAGAGGAAGACAAUAGUGGUGUAGUUGACCCAGAUAUAUCAAGACUACUUGGCCGUGGUCGUUACCCCUGCCCUCAAUGUGAGAAGAGUUUCCGUUCCUCAAGUAAUCUAAAAAAUCAUCAAAGAGUACACACCGGAGAGAAACCUUUCCACUGCUCCCAAUGUGGGAGGUGUUUCAGUGAGAAAGUAAACCUUAAGAGACAUGAAAGAGUACAUAGUGGAGAGAAGCCUUACCACUGCACCACAUGUGGGAAGAGUUUCAAUCAUUCAGGAAGCCUUAAAGAACAUCAGAGAAUUCAUACAGGUGAGAAACCUUACCACUGCUCACUGUGCGGAAAUAAUUUCCGUUUUGCGGGAGACCUAAAGAAUCAUCAGAGAUCACACAGUGGGGAGAAGCCUUACCACUGCACUCAGUGUGGAGAGAGAUUCACUCAGCUAAGAAGUCUAAAAAGGCAUGAGAGAAUAUCCAUUGGAGCGAAGCCUGCCUGUGCUUUCAAUGUGAUUGUCCAAGAGGAGGAAGAGGAGGGAGGAGAGAGAGAAGUUGAGGGAGAGGAGAGUAACUUGAAAUAAGGGUGAAGUGAGGAAACUUAAGCUAACUCAAUAGCUAUUGAAAUUCACACCUUUCCUUGCAAUGGCAUCUUCUGUGCCAACAUGGUCAUGGACAGCACCAUUUAGGGCUAUCUUCAUCUUCUUAUACUUCUAUGAGUGUAUUGGAAGUUCACAAAUUAACUCAACUUGAAUACCACCACCACCUAAUGUGCUAGAGAGUGUAUUCAUCUGACCUUUAUUUUGACAUGGAGUCAAUACUGAGACCGAGGUCUCUUUUCCAGAUGAGGCCUGUAUAGCACCACGAUACACAUUAAACUACCAAUUCAUAUACACAUGAAUACACAAUAAACACAUGCAACUACACAUUCGUAUGCACGUUAAACUACAUGUUAUUGUACACAACAAUACACGAAAACCAAAACAAACAUAUUCGGCAACAAGGUCUCAUAACAACCGUCUGAAGGCACUAAUUCCUGCAUUGCAGAUCAUUCCACACACAAGGCGCAAGGUAACGAAAGGCUGAUCUACUUAAAUCUCUAGACACCAAAGGAGGCUGAUCUACUUAAACCUCUAGACACCAAAGGAGGCUGAUCUACUUAAAUCUCUAGACACCAAAGGAGUCUCUAAAGUUAAUAAAUCCUCUUAUGGAUUGGACCCCUUUUUUUUCCCCUCCAAUUUUCACCUAAAAUGACCCAAAUCUAACUGCCUGUAGCUCAGGACCUGAAGCAAGGAUAUGGAUAUUCUUGAUACUCGCAGGAAUGAUGGAUAAUUAACUUAUACAUUAACUUUCACACAUCUAGAUGGCCGGGCAGGUUGGGUGUGGAGCCAGCAGACAGCAGGGGUUCAAACUGGAGAAUCCAGUUCCUAUAUUUAAAUAGAACAAUAACAAUUUAAUGUAUCAAAUAAAACUAUGCUACAUUUUUAUCUCUGGCUGUGGUAAGUUUUUGUUGUUGUUAUGCAUUCUCCUCAA